UUAAAAAAAAAAAUUGUAAAGAAAAAAAACUAAUUGCCAAAAUGGAUACAGACAAUCAAAUACAAAAUACAUCGCCAACUUGCUACAGAGAUAAUAACGAGCAGGCAUAUUUCAAAAUCGAAAAUAUAACCGUUAUCAAACCGCCUCUUUUGAAGGUAUACUAUUGGCAAAGCUUAGACAUAGAAGGUUUAAAUAGAAAACUUUUAUCAGAUGCCCAUCACAUUCAGCACAAUUUCUAUUUGCCUACAAAUCACUUGCAUAGCAAUCCCCAGAAAAUUGUCUUUUGGCUAAGAAAUUUGUCUAAGAACCCGGUAAAACUGAUUUUGAAAAGAUUGCAAAAUUGCCAAUGUGUGCCGCUGCAGACUCGGGUUGGUUUUAAUCAAUUUCGUAGCCUAUACCAUUGCCCACAUAGAAGAUUAAUAAAUAUUACCCAAGAAAUAUAUCAGCUAGAUGAGAAUGAUCUGGUUGCCCUAACAAUGGUGGCAUAUUUUUACUUAUAUGGAUCGUUUGUGCUUUCCUAUGAAAUGAGUUGUUCCAAUUCUCGUAUCAUAAUUCUAAACUUUCAUGUUGACAUUUUCAAUUUCGAGCCCUUGAAGAGCAUUCUUACAACUGAAUUGAUUCCUGUGAAUAUUAAGGAAUAUCGUAGCAUGUCUCAGGCCAUAUGGGUACGCAAUAUAACAGCAAAAGAUCUAAAAUUUCGUUUUAUAACCAGCAAUAGAGGCUUGUGUUUAAUAAACUCACAUAUGAUAAUACCAAGGCAAAGUGUAUGGCCAUUAAUCGUAGACUAUAGGCCAAGUGAUUUUACAAAUGAGCUAACUCUGACUUUGCUCUUCGAUGGUUUACGUUUUGAUACACCUCUGACAUGUAAAGGUAUCUUAGGUGAGGAAUAUAUCACUUCGCAAUCUGAAGCCCCUCUGGAGGAUUAUGAAUGUGCUGAUAUGCUACAUGUGGUUAUACCAAAUAAAUUGCAAUUUAACUUGGAGUUAAAUGAUCUACGUUCUUUGAUGGUCCUGGUGCAUAAUCACAAUCAAAAAUGUAUGGAAUUCAAAUGGCAGACUUAUUCCAUACUUGAUUAUUUCACAUUUACAUUUGAGCCUAGCCAAUUUACUUUAAAACCCCAUCACUCCAAGCUAUGUGUGGUUCAUUGCAAAAGCUAUAAAAAACCUUUAGAUUUUCGCUAUAUACCGGCUGUCUUGGAAAUACAUCGUAUAUUGGAUAAAUCCACAAAAAUAGCCCAAGAACUUUUAACGGAAAUUGAAUCCAUUGAUGAUCCUAAAUGGAGAGAGGGCAGCUAUGUGGAGCAUGUAUUCUUGCAAAUUGAUUUAAAAGUUAAUUUUGCCAAAUUGGAUGUCUUUGAAGUGAAAGGAAUAGAAGAAAAAACUAAAUCUUCUCCCAUGAUAAUACCAAUGCCACAUGAUGAUGCUGAUUCUACAUCCAUGAAAAAUGUCCAGCAUAGCGAAAGUACCAUAUUUGAAGAACUGUUUUGGGACUAUUUAUCCAGAUCCUCAAGUUUCAUGCGCAACACCCAGAUGAUAGCUCGUAACUUAAGAUACGAAGAAGUUAUUCGAGCCAAACAGCAUUCCAAAUCAAAGGAAAAGCCAACCAAAAACGAAGGCUUAGGGAUUUGUAACAUCAUUAACUAUAUAGUGGCGGAAAGCUGUCGUGAUCUUUCCAAGAAUUAUCGUUUUGUUCCAGCAGAACUUUUAGAAACACCUUAA